AUGGGGCGCGCCGUCAGCUUAGUUGGUACCAUGCUGGACUACCAGAGGCUUUAUGCACAAGUGACCGGACUCCGAGCCAAGAACCCUGACUUAAAAGUCCUUCUAGCAGUAGGAGGCUGGGCUGCUGGAUAUGAGCCUUUCUAUGACGUCAUGGGUUCUGCGGAGAAUAUCACAGAGUUCGCCAACAACGUCGUUGCUUACCUCAGGUCACAGAACAUGGACGGGCUGGACAUGGACUGGGAGUUCCCGGGGUCAAGGGGCAGUCCUCCAGAAGACAGAGAAAAUUUUACAUAUCUUAUGAAGGAACUGUAUACAGCGUUCAAAGAGGAGAGUGUCCGCACCAAAAAGCCCAAACUGCUGCUCACACUGGCGACUGCUGUAGGCUGGGACUAUAUCGUGGACGCUUACGAGCCCAGGCAGAUAUACCACACACUUUAUGUCCUUUUACGAACGUAUUUCUCUGUGGAUGUUACCGCCAAACGUUUGGCCACGUACGGUAUGAGUUUCACCCUGGAGGACCCCUCACAACACGGUGUCUACGCCCCUGCUCUGGGCGGGGGUGAGCCCGGGAAGUACUCACGGCAAGAGGGGAUACUGGCUUACUAUGAGAUCUGUGACUACAUCCAGAACCAGGGAUGGACCAGGGAGUGGAUCGGACACCAGUUUGUGCCGUACGCCUACAAAGGUGACCAGUGGGUCGGCUACGACGACACCAUCAGCCUGGGAUACAAGGUCCGAGAGAUGAUCAACAAUCUGGGUCUGGCCGGAGCCUUCAUAUGGGCGAUUGACCUGGACGACUUCAGUGGUCACUGUGGUCAGGGCAAGUACCCACUUCUCCACGCCAUCAACAACGCCCUCUGAGGGCCCAGGCAGGCCAGAUUUCACGUGACAGAACGUCGGUGUCCAGACGUG